ACGCUGUAUCUGUUUCUCCAUCACCCGACUCCCUCAUCUUGCUCCCUGCUUCCCAAGCGUGUUUCACGGCAGCAUCCACAGUACACAAGCUACAACUGCCCUAAGGGCUUGUUCUUCCAGAAACGUGGCACCAGACAUGUAACUGCCUGCAACUUGGUCUUAAUAAAAGCACGUAGCUGCUGCCUGGCAUAGAUUAAGAGACCCAGUGAACUGCCACAAACAGGACUACCUUGACAAUGCUUCUAAUGCUGCAACCUCAUUUCUACCCUGGGAUGCAACUGCUGUCACAGCAUUGUUUUUAUAAGAUUCUGUAUGAGGAGAUCUCAACACAUGCUACACAUCCUACUGAAUGUAUGGAUCCAGCAAGUCGAUUUCGUGGUAGCAAGUGAGACUGCUCCAAGAUUUGUUGAGCUGUCUUACUCCUAGAGAUUGUGCUGCUUGACUGCUGAAGCCAUGAACAAGCCAACAGAAGACUCGCCCAUGGGAUGGUGAGUUAAAACUAAACCAACACUAAAAAUUGAAGAUAACUGCUGCCACAAAUAAGAAGAAAACUUACAAGAGUGUCAUUCUCCUCCUAUUUUGGGAUCUUUAGGCCUUACAGAUCCAUCCCACUACAGAUUGACAGCAAUACAGCAGCAGACUGAAAAGUAGCUGUUGAUUUAUGUGGACAGUUUGAUCAUUUCAGAUGAUGGCUAACUGGAUGUGAUGAAACAACCGUGUCCCUGAGCCGUGGGAAACGAGGAGCCCAGAGAAGCAAGAGAUACAGGGGAAGGAGAUCAGCCUGAGGUGGGGAGAUCCCCGGGCCAUGUACUCCUGCAGAGAACCACAGCAGAGGCGGCUGGGCUGGGGCCUCACGCAACUCCUCACCUGUGAUGUGCCACAUUGCAACAGUUGCAUGAAUAGGCCAACCCAGUCUGGCUUUACGCCCCGUCCCUUCCACACACCCUCUGAGAGCGAGCCCAGAAGAGAAACCUGGGUGAGAUGAUUACCACCCUUUCCAUUGCGAUCACACAGGGAUCUUCAGUUGCUGCAACAGCUGCAGGAGGCACUGAGGCUGAGUCUAAUUUUAAUGUUAUUAUGAACUUAUAAAGAGUCAACAACUCGUGCUAAUUUGGAUCUGGCUCUGCUCUGCCUGAGCUUGCCUUGGAGAUCAGAAGAAAACUCAAAACGGAAUCACAGGAGCAGACACCUCUGUUCAGCACAGACCACGCUGAAUACAAGCCAUUGUCAUCUCCAGAGAAAGAACAGUGUCUGGAAAAACACUGUUGGAAAAAAAACAUGCUGUCGGACAUUCUGUCUAACUUUCAAAGAACACAUUUGCUUAGAGGAAACUUAACUCUACUUUAGCUUAAAUCAAAAUAUUCUACUUUUUGUAAUAGUAACUACUUCUUGUAUCGCCACCACACUUGAGCCUGACUGCAAGGGACCCUUUAACCUGCCCAGCCCUCCCGCCAUCGCCCACAGUGCCUGGGGCUGUUCUGAUCUUAAGCCAACCAUCAAGAAAAAAAAAAUAGCACUGACAAACACCUGAUCAUGAGCAAAAGGAGGUUUGCGGAAGGUCAUGGCUUGUCAAAACACGCCUAGAUGUUCCCAGAAUAUCUGAAAAAAAAACAGGUCACUCAGAUGCCAAAGCACAAGGACCUGUGUGAGCAGAUCAGGUGCUGAGAGGUUCAUUACCACAUGGCUGCGGGAAUAACUUUUCCUGUGUUAUUGCUGUCCUGAGGAAGUGUGCGAAUUUUCCCCCAAAUGAUCCAACAACUGUAAUUCACAGCGAAAACUAGGUGAGAGAAAUAGUACCAGAAAAGUUAUUGUGUUAGUGCCUGUGUAGAGAAGCCUGAAUUAUGCAUACAAAACUGGGUUCAAAAUAAGAGAGUAUGUGAAAGAUACCGGAUACGUAGUAAGGUUACUGAUGUUUUGUGAUAGGCUCAAUAUAGAACAAUCACAGAAUCACAGAAUGGUUUGGUUUCAAAGGGACAUUGAAGCCCACCCAGUUCCAACCCUCUGCCAUGGGCAGGGACAUCUUCCACUGGAUCAGGCUGCUCCAAGCCUCAAUCCAACUUGGCCUUGAACACCUCCAGGGAGAGGGCAGCCACAACUUCCCUGGGGCAACCUGUGCCUCACCAUCCUCAUCAUGAAGAAUUUCUUCCUAAUGUCUACAAUAAAUCUUCCCCCCUUCCAAUUUAAAGCCAUUAUAAGCUACUAUAUAAUGAACUCCAGAGAUCUGAAGAACCUCUAAGGAAAAAAAAAUAAAGGUAAAAUAAAUACUUUAUUCUGUAAGAUGAAUUACUUAUAUCCAUCAAUACAGAGGCAGAAAUAAGCAGUUUGCAGUGUGUUGGUGUACAGCAAGUAACUCUGAUACAAAUCUAUAUUCCCUAGGAGCCUUCAUUCCCCAAAUGAUGUGAAUAUAAUAAAUAUGCUCUGUGAUUUGCCACAUCAUCCCAUGGUAAUAGGCUCAGUUUCAAGGAAACAGUUGCAUUUAAUAAUUACAAAUAAUACAAAGAAAUCUUACAAAAAAUACAAUAAUACAAAGAAACAGUUGCAUUUAAUAAUUAAUAUACCUGGAACUAUUAAAUAGUCUCUAGUUUAAUUACAAAAGCAGUCACAAAAUGCAGCAUAUCUUCCUUCAGUCACAUGCCAUGGAAAUUUCUAGGCACUGCAAUACCUCUGGCAGCAGAAGAAAGCACAGAGCAGGCUUUACACACUUCUUCUGACCAAAAAGGUACAUCUGCUUUGACAGCUGGCAGCAAGAAAAGUGAACCUGCAUCUUCUCCUCACUAUCCAUCCAUUUUUGUCCCCGCAUCCAUCAGACCUCAGAGGAAAGCUGAUAAAGUAACACCUCUUAAAUGUAUUAAAUAAUGCAUUAAGUACAGAAACGGUUGUUUUUUUUGUUUUUUGGGGUUUUUUUUUGGUUUUAUGUUGUAGUCUUAGCUUAAUUCACCAGUCCUUAAUCAGGGUUGUAGUUCCGUGGUAUAAAAGCUGUUGGUUUGAUGUCUCUCAAAAAAUUACAUUGACAGUAUUACAUCACAGCUAAUAAUAGAUGCUCUGGUUUUAGUAUUGAUGCAUCUCCACUUUGUAACAUUAUUGUUCCAACAAGGGAGAAUUUGAGAACAGCUCAGUAAUGCUUACUGUUACUGUAUCAGGAAAAGCUGUAGCAGCAUCAGUGUGCCACAGAAAUCACUCCUGCAAUGACAUUUGGGUAUUGUAUUUUGUUUUAAGCUUGAGUCAAUUGAGCUUGAUUACCUGUAUAUACUAAAGUAAGCCUGGUUUUGGGAGGGGAACUGUUGUCAAUAUGAAGAAAAGUAAAUACAAAAAUUGAAAUAUCAGAACUGAUAAAUAGGACAAAGUCAUGGCAAGAAGUGGUAUUACUAAUUUCUCUUUUAUUAUAUUGUACUUUCGAGGCAAUUUUCAUCUGGUGCAUUGCAUGUGUAAAUGUAAACACUACCCUCGCAAACAGGUUCCUUGGCAGGAGUUGGGAGAUAAGCAGUCAUGCUCGUUUUUCAGAUGAGUAAACCUCAUGUAAAGAGCUUGGCAGAUGAGAAAAAAACAUCCAUGUCAUAAGGAGGAUUAUUACAUGUAGCAUAAAAAGAAGUGGUUUGCUAAGUGUACACACACAGAAGCAGUUUCCUACGUUUAGAAACUUAGCCGUGGAGGUCUGCAGAGAUGCCAGCUCCAGGUGGAGCGCCGUGUCUAUGCCACUGCUCUGCAUCUCCUGGUGUUUACCUUCGCCCCGCACAGAUGAACUCAUGCUGUAAAUAGAGGGCAAAGUCCACCCUCCGCAGGGCCUGAUAAAGUCCCCUGUUUGGCAUGACAAUAAAAUGUGGAGCAACAGGGGGGUUUAGUUCUUUAAGGCUCUUCUGCAUUAAACUGGCUCUCCAGGGAUGGGCAAUACUGACUUCAUCCUUCAUCCCACUGCUAUCAACAUCACAAAAGGAAAACACUGCAAAUCCCACAGCCUCACUAAACCCUGUGGGCAGAGGUCAGCAGGGUUUCCGUAGAGGUCUCUCCCUUUAACCCCUCAGCAACUCCACGCUGGAUGUGCUGCCAGGGCUUCUUCUGCUUGUGACCUGCACCCUUCUUCUCAGGUACACUUGGGACAGUUGGGGAUGCAGGCGUAUCUUCUGCUGAGCUGAACAAACUAAGAGGAAAACCUGCUUCUCUCUGUUCAAAAGCUGACAAUUCCACAACAUUUGCAACUUUUUAAAGACUAUCUUUAAGUGACGAAAUACAUAUUGAAGCCUGAAGGGAUUCUUGAGGAGCACCUCAAAGAAUCCACCAAAACCAAACCCACAAGGAAGCCCACAGCCAGAAUAGGCUGGAAGGAAACCCUUGGGCCUGCUUAAAGAUGAGAGAAGCCAUUUGAAACAGGGAUCCUUUGGCAAAAAGGGAUUGCAGGGCCUGGUUGUGCCAAUCGGUAUCUCCACCUAUGUGACUGCAGAGUUCACACUGUGGUGGCUGAAUCCCAUCCCACAGUCGUGGCUGCUCCUUACCCCACUGUGGUGGCUGUAUCCCAUCCCACCCUGGUGGCUUCAUCCUACCCCACCGUGGUGGCUACAUCCCAGCCCACUGUGAUGCUGUCCCACCCCACCACGGUGCCUGCAUCCCUCCCCCCCGUGGUGGCUGCUGUCCCACGGCGGAGCCGUCCAUCCAAACGAGCCAUCCCAGCCCCGCCCCCGCCCCCCGAGGCGCGUCUCGCCGCGCUCCCGUGCGGGGCGGCGGGCAGUCCCUGCGGGGCGGUGCGGCCGGGCGGGGCGCUGCGGCGGGCGGACAAUAGGGGCAGCUGCGAGCGAGCCGCGCUGAAAAGACCUUGCAUUACAAGAAGCCACGGGAUUGUCUUUCAUGACUCAUUGCAGAAUAAGAUGUCUCAGACAAGAAGAAUCCCCGGGCAUUUUGUCCUCUCCAGCUACCCCAAUGGAGCACCAGAAGAGGAAACCUACAGUAACCUCCAAACAAUUCCAGACACCACAGAGCAAAUGGAGUUUAAUAUCAGCUCAGCUACUCAGGUUGGCCAUCAGCUGGCCCUGAUCGGGGAUGAGUUUAACAGGAUGUACCACAGGAAACUGGAAGAUACGCUACUUCACCUGGCGCGUGGGGCUGCUAUCAGUGUUUUCCAGACAUGGAAUAUUUUUAAAAGUGUUAUAAGAAGCUUUGGAAAGAUUUUGAACAAUAACUGGACAAAGAGGAUCAUUGGUUGUGGAAGCUGGAUUUGCAAGCUUCCUUUCAGGUGCGUCUGCCAGAAGCUGGUGCCUGCAGCCUUGCUUGCUGUUGCCUUUUGGUGGGCCAUGAAUUAUGGACUGCAGAAUUAACACAAAGCAUAACAAUAGGAGGUCAUUGCUGGACUCUGACCAGUAUCAUUAUCACCCAGGUGGUGGCAGCUGGUUUGUUUUUCAAAUUUACUGAUAAAAAUCUCUUUUAUAUUUAAAACCUAGGGUAGUGCUGGGUCACUGCUAUUUCAUACCUUUUUUAAUUAGAAAAAUGUUUAAAAUAAGGAGGUUGUUGCUGGGUAACUGCCUGACUUGUUAGUUUUGAACUGUGACUCCAGGCGAUUAGAAAGUCUGUCUGUUUUGUGUUUGUUUUAAUGCAAUAUAAAGUGUCUAUUUCAUAUAAGCAAGUUUCUUAAAGAGAUUCUGGAUGUGGAGAGGACUGAAGGCAUGCUGGACAUCCUUUAAAUUUUAACACUGUAAAUGUGAUAGUAAAGAUUAAAACCACGAUACUUUUUAAAAAAUUAAAUUGUUGCUUCAAAUGUUUUGCAGUGUUAUCUUGUUUACUUUCCAACCUUGUGCUAUCACACAUAAGAUAUUGUUAUCUAAGACUACAGGACAGGCUUUAUUUGAUAUUUAUGUAGUAAAAUUAGCAUAUGAAAUAAUAGUUUAUUGGGAAAGAGUGGUUCGGAUGAGAUUGCAAACAAUUUGCUUGGAUUGGUACUUGAGGGCCCCUCAAGCCAAGCUACGGUUGUAACUGGAUGAUCUUUAAGGUCCCAUCCAACCAAUGAUUCUAUGAUUACUUUUUCAGAAUUUUUCAGAAAUCUACUAAUAGGUUUUAUAUUAUUCUGCCUCUUUCCGAACAAUAGCUUUGAGUUGCCCAUAAAAAACCCAAGAAUUUGAUUGAAUUUGGAAGGGUUUUUUUUGAUGCCACACAUCUUUUUGGAAGGCAUGUGGUCAGGGGGAAAUAGAUGACUAAGGGAAACACAAGCACAACUUACAGGAUGGAGAAGGUGUUGGUGUCCCUCGUGCACACCUCACAGGCAACUCUUGGGACACAGUUGGGUUUCUUCUCCCUCAACAACAUGCCCCAACUGUACCAAGAUUUCCUCUGUAUAUGGGUGCACCUUCUCGAGUUUCUGCAGUUGAAGCUGGUUUUCACUGUGUGCAGUCAUACAGUCUCAGUGAGAGAAAAGGAAAGUGCAUCUCUGUGGUUUGGGUAUUCCCCUCAGCAGAGGGGAUACCUGCUUCCUGCCCAGUCAAGCGACUACUACAGUUAGCGCACUUUUGAAACAGGAAAAUACAAUAUUUAAUGGCCCAGUGAUUUAAGCACUCAUCAGAGAGGCUGGAGUUUCAAGUUCGAGUCCCUGCUUUAAAUCAGACAAGGAAUUUGAACUCGUCUCUUCUUCAGUGGAGAUAAAUACCAAACCAGUCAAGCUUCAGCAGGUUGAGGAACGUGCUUCCUCUUUCAUGAAUGGUGCCCAAAUCCCAUUAUGAUCCUAACCACCCGUCUCUAAAAAUUUUUCUGGGUGCAGAAAAAGAAGAGAAAAAAAAAAAAAAGAAAGAAAAAAAGGUUCAACUAUAAUAUUUCAUUCGGCCAUUUAAUGCUAAAGGACUUUGAACUAUCUUUCACAGACUUAAAAUGCAGAGCAAAAAGAAGGUAUGUAAAGAAGGCAAGCAGAGGGUGAUGGCUCCAGCAUACCCCAAAAGUUAAAGCAGCAGCAGCACGUAUUCUAGCAUUGCCUUUUCUCAAAUUGCCGUUGAGCCGAUUUGCCCUUCAGCAGGAGGGAGACAAGCUUUUCCUAGAAAACCACACUUGCUGCAUCUGGAACAUUAGUCUCUCUCAGGCCAGAGGCUGCCCACCUGAAUUGCCCCUAUAACCACAAACAGGACCAAAGUUUCAUCAGUAAAUUGACUGCUCUGUUUAACUCUGUAACAGCAGUGUGAUAGAAAAUACAUCCAAGUUACUGCUUAGUGAAGGCUAGAAAUCCCCAUCAAGAGUCUAAUAAACAAUCUAUGCACAUGUAAUAGAAUCAUCAGCUGCCAAAGAAAUUAUUCUUCCUGGCUAAGUCACUCUACCACCACCGAACAAGGUCAGUUAUUUCUAGAUAAGUAGCAUUAUGCACAGGGGAGUGAUGAUAAAUGGGAGACUGCUGCCCUGCUUCUUCCGUCUGAGUGCUAUGCAGGAUGACUCUGCUUUUUCACACUCUUGCAAUCAGUAACGUAACAUUUUGAAUCACAAGAGGGGGAAGUUCAGAAUCCAGCAUGUACGGAACAAAACAGAGUCUCAUGGCAUAAAAAAUACAAUUCUGGCAACAAAGCAAGUGAAACACAAAGCAAACAGCAUCCGCAAGAAGAAACAGCAGAAACUGGAGUACCACAGCGAGCAGUGAUCACCAGCCUCCCUCUCACUUGUGGAGCUGAGCAAAGACCUGUUUCAUUAAGGCUCUGUGCUGUGACUUGGGACACCUAGUCUUUUUCUUUUUUUUUCACUGCACACUUCCUCAUGUGACAGAGCAUUUGGUUUCUUUUUUUCCACAUUCUGUUUCUGUUUGUUCCCAGGUGUAGGAACCAUACUGACUUUUCACAUCUUAAGCAUUCAGUUUCCAGAAGCAGAAAGGAUAGAUGAAUAAGCACAGAAAAGAAAUAACAAAAAAAUAUCUACACAAAAGUGUAGAUAACAACACUAAGAUCCAGGAUCCUUCACUACUCCACAUGUUGCUCUCUGGCCAGUCACAGGCAAAUUUUACAACACAAAACACCCUUUGGCUCAUUUACAGCCAUUCACCAAUGUGACAUCACACUGCCAGGCACUACCUGAAAGCAGACCCCAAAUUCUCUCAAUGCAGGUGUCCCUCACACUUUUCUAGCAGAUAUAAAUUGCAACAUUCACACAAGAGUAUGAUCCCACUCACAUUCUGGUUUUAAAGGCAUCAGGGUGAGUGAGGAGCAGCCUCAGCAAUACAUACCUUGCUUCCUUCCAUUCAGCUCAACCAGCGCACAGAAGAAAGGCAAACACCUGCACAGUGGCUACGGUUCCUUCUUGCCACUAAUUAAACAGGGCCCAUAAGAGUGGGACACUAUUAGGAUACAGGCAUCCCUUUGGCACACUGCAGCUGAAGGUGCAGAGGUUACUUAAUAUUCUGCAUUUGCAAAUGGAGAUUUUUUAGCAUGACUCUCUGAAAGAGCUUUUAUUCCAGGCAAAGUGAAAUGAUGGGGAAAAGAGAGAGAGAGAGUGUGUGUGAUUUAGCUGAGAUAUUCUAACCACCUAGUGACAACUUUGGUAUGCUUCAUUGAAUAAUUAACACUUUGCCCGCAACGUGGGAGUUUUCACUGAAGUAGUUUUCUUUACAGUAAUCCCAGCUCUUAACAGGCAGCCUCUCACAGUCCAAUGAUUAGGAUGGCAAAUUCUUCUGUAUUUUACUAAUCAUUAAAGUUUACACAUGCUAAAAGUGGAAUUUUUGCCGUAGAGGUAGGCUCAGCUGCCAAUUUCAGCUCACAAAAGACCUGUUUAGCAACACGCUCCACUAAGCAAUUAUAAUCGAGGCAAGUAUUUUUAAUUAACUUGUUUCACAAAUGUGAAAUUAUGAAAUGAUCAAUAAUGUAAUUGGAAGUUAUUCUGCAUUUCAUAAUUCAUUACUGAAGACACGCAUGGCUAUUUGAUUAAGUAACAUACCUUGAAUUUUUCCUAUAUAUGUAUGUCACCUAUAUAAUUAAAAUAACAAAUAUUAAAAAAGAAAAAAAAAAAGCUUGAGUUCAGUUGGAGCCUCAGGUCACGCUACACCUAUAGCUGCUGUGCUAUGUGCACAAUAUAACCUUUCCCUGCUUGUUUGUACGUGAUCCUCUAGCAAACACCAGUCUUGUAUUUCCUAAAGCUUUCAAAACUCCUUAUAAAGAGCAAUCCAAGCAAGAACACAUUUUCUGUGCACCCUGCACAUACCUUUCACAGGCAGCACAAUGUUGGAACACAACCAUACCUAUUGUAAUAAACCAAGGGUUGGUUACGGAAUCCAAACCCAUGGACUUCGUGCUAAAGCCAUUCCUGGGGCCACCUCAAGCACUGCAGGCCCUGAGGAAGGUGCUGGAGGCAGCGAGUACUCUCUCUGCAGCCAACCAGCCAGGGACCUGCCACCAGCCCUCAUCCAUCACAGCAGUAAGUACCAACAGGGAACUGGGAAGCUCCUUCCAGGAGAUCUCAGUUCAACCCACGACUCUCCAGCUCAUCUCCUGUUUUGGUAAAUGUACUAACUGCCAAAACAGUCAAAAAUAUAGAGACAACCAAAAUCCCAGCAUUCAAAUCCUCCUUCCCAGCACUCUGGUACCACAGGGUUAACUCUGUCCAAAGGUGCCCCUGAAAAAAUCUUUCUGCAAAGUUUCCAGUGCUGCUGUUUUCUGCUCCAUCAAGAAAAGUCAUCUGAAGGGCUAAGUCAGCCUAAGCAGCCUCAGAGGUUUGGUCAGGAAUGGC